AUGCAUGGAUUUCUCUCCAUCGGGACGGCCCUUGCCGUUAUGGCCCAGGGCACAAUUGCUGCCACCAGUGCCAUCGCCUCUUGGUACGGAGGCAACCUGAACGGAGGCAACUGCGCCUUGACAGGUUACACUUUACCAUCUGGUGUAUUGGGCACUGCUCUAUCGUACACCAACUACAACGGUAACUGUGGCACAUGCCUCAACGUCAAGGGACCUAAGGGAAACACCAUCAAGGUUAUGGUUGUCGACAAGUGCCCCGAGGGGUGUGGGGCCGGCCAGCUCGAUCUGUUCCCCAACGCGUUUGCCGCACUUGACAACCCGGACAAGGGUCUAAUCAACGUCCAGUGGGAACAAGUUCCGUGCGGCAUCACCUCUCCCCUGGUCGUCCGCAACAAGGAGGGAACCUCAAAAUGGUGGUUCUCCAUGCAAGUCAUGAACCACAACUACCCGGUCACCAAGUUCGAGGUCAGUACCGACGGAGGCAAGAGCUGGCAGCCCACUGUCCGCCAGGACUACAACUACUGGCAGAGGAGCAGUGGUGAUGGUUUCAACGUGGACACCGUGACCGUCCGGGUUACAUGUUCCAAUGGCAAGCAGGUCACCGUGAACAACAUUGGGACCAAAGAAAAAGCUCAGUUUACUGCUUCUGGAAACUGCUGA